GUCCCACCAUAACCGGUCGAUGUUAUUCUCAGAGAUUUUCGUCCCCGUCCUACUCUCUGAGAUUUUCCCCAAAAUCGCUAUAUAAAUCUUCAGCCAUUUUGAUAAAAAAAACCUUAAUUUCCAACCAGUAAAUCUAUUUCCUUCGCAAAUUAGGGCUUCCUGGAUUAUCUAUCAAUCCACCCAAACUCCAUAUCUCUGAAUCGAUUUAAGAUUUGAUUUUCUCAACGUCCUCCUUGGGUUGAUCGAUCCGUUUUGCAGUUGAUCGGUUACCUUGCUGCUGUCGCUGUUUCUGUACAUACAUACAUAUACGCAUACAUACGUACAUACAUAUAAAUAGCAGUCAUAUAGGAGGGAUAUAUAGCUGUGAUAUAGGAGAGAUGAAGCAUACGAAGAAGAAGAAGAGGUCCAGGGUUUCGAAACAACUUGGUGUAGGCAAACCUGUUCUAUGUGACGGGGAUAGCAUAGAGCAUAGGGUUUUGAACGGUCUGAUGGAGGCUUUUAGCUCUGUUUCUCUAGCUGAAGCCCAUGCGGGUUAUGGAGAGAUGAACGCGGACCCGAACAAGGCGGCCGCGAAGAUUCUCGGAGGUUUAGCAGAAAGUUCGGAGGAUCAGAGUACAACUUGUUCUAGCUCCAGUAGAAAUUUGGGGUCCAGUUGGGGGUCAAGCUCAUCGGAGGUGUUUGUGGAGGUGGAUAGUGGGGAGGAUCGAGGACGUGAGAAGGUUUUUAGAGUGAUUAAGCCGAAGAAGGUUGCUGCUGCUGCAGGGACGGUUUCGACGAUGCUGGGAAAGGACUAUGUGAGAUCAACACCAAAUAGGGGUUCGGUGAAACGGAAAGGAUUCAGUGAUGGACAUGUAAGCACGGAGGACGCAGAGCAGUUUUUGUAUUCGAUGCUUGGAGAUGAGUGCGAGCUGAGCAUGGCCGUGGUCAGAGAUGUGCUCUGUGAGUUCCACAUUUCCCUUCAGCUUUAUCUAUUACGUUAUAACAGGCAUGCCAAUGGUGUACCAUACAAGUGA